AUGCUCCCCGCGUUUACUUUCGGUGGCGUCCUAAAGAAAAAGAAGGCGGCCAGCUUAAUUAGAGCAGAGAUGACGCCUCCGCGAUCCUGAGAGUCCCCAGCGAGCAGGGUCUAGUGGGAAGACGGGGCGGAACGAACUACUUUUCCCAUCCUGCCUGCGGGCAGCCCCGCGCGUUCCACCCUGGGAGUUGUAGUCUGCUUCUCAGACCAACGGCAACCUCAGUGUUUGAACUCUGUUAACAGGAAGAUCUCGCACAGCCGCCGCCGAAGCUGGAAUUCCUCAGUUAAUCGUUCUUGCCCGCAAUUAGCGGAACCUGUUGGCGUGGCCCACAAGGCUUAGCGGGGCUGCACGAGGUUAGUUGCCAAGCAAGGGGAACUUCGGUCAACUGCCACCUUGGCCACGGUCACAGGAAAUUCGUUGCUACCCCGGAGCCCCCGCCAUGCCUCACAUAGACAACGACGUCAAACUGGACUUCAAGGAUGUCUUGUUGAGGCCCAAACGCAGUACCCUUAAGUCUCGAAGUGAGGUGGAUCUCACAAGAUCCUUCUCAUUUCGCAACUCAAAGCAGAUGUACACUGGGAUCCCCAUCAUUGCUGCCAAUAUGGAUACUGUGGGCACCUUUGAAAUGGCCAAGGUCCUCUGUAAGUUCUCCCUCUUCACUGCUGUCCACAAACACUACAGCCUGGAGCAGUGGAAAGAGUUUGCCAGCCAGAAUCCUGACUGUCUUGAGCAUCUGGCUGCCAGCUCAGGCACAGGCUCUUCUGACUUUGAGCAGCUAGAACAGAUCCUGGAAGCUAUUCCCCAGAUGAAAUAUAUAUGUCUGGACGUGGCAAAUGGCUACUCUGAACACUUUGUUGAAUUUGUAAAGGAUGUACGGAAACGUUUCCCUGGACACACAAUCAUGGCAGGGAAUGUGGUAACAGGAGAGAUGGUAGAAGAGCUGAUCCUCUCUGGUGCUGACAUCAUCAAAGUGGGCAUUGGACCAGGCUCUGUGUGUACCACCCGGAAGAAAACUGGAGUCGGGUAUCCACAGCUUAGUGCAGUGAUGGAGUGUGCAGAUGCUGCUCAUGGCCUCAAAGGCCACAUCAUUUCAGAUGGAGGCUGCAGCUCUCCUGGGGAUGUGGCCAAGGCUUUCGGGGCAGGGGCUGACUUUGUGAUGCUGGGUGGCAUGCUGGCUGGGCACAGUGAGUCAGGUGGUGAGCUCGUCGAGAGGAAUGGCAAAAAAUACAAGCUCUUCUACGGAAUGAGUUCUGAAACAGCCAUGAAGAAGUAUGCUGGGGGCGUUGCUGAGUACAGGGCCUCAGAGGGAAAGACGGUGGAGGUGCCCUUCAAAGGGGAUGUGGAACAUACCAUCCGAGACAUACUUGGAGGCAUCCGUUCCACAUGUACGUACGUAGGAGCAGCUAAGCUGAAGGAGCUGAGUCGGAGAACUACCUUCAUCCGUGUCACCCAGCAGGUGAAUCCAACCUUCAGUGACUUGAGCUAGGUCUGAGCAGUUUUGCCCUCCCAAGCCACCGGCAUCAAACUACAGUGGGCCCCUCACUCAUCCCAGUGCUGCGACUUUUAUUUGAUCAUCUCACUCCUGAGAGUUCCUGCAAUAACGCUGUACUUCUCUAUCUGCAUCCACAAAACGCACUCACUGGGGAGGAAGCAAGGAAGGCAGGCUGAGAAAAUGAAGUUGAUAAUCAAAUGGGAAUCUGGAGACUCAGCUUCUGAAGAUUACUACAAGAAAAAGGAUACUGAUUCAUACAGUACAUAAAUGUUUUAGAUAUGGCCAUGGUCUUAAGAGGUAGGCUUUUAGAAUCAUGUUUUGACAAUCAGCUUCAUUAAAUGCGAUCUUUGAAUAUC